CUGAGCGCGCGCGCGGGGCGGCGCUUCGAGACGGAGCCGCGGGUGUUGCGCCUCGAGUCGCCGGCCUACGUCUUCGGCGACACGCACGGCAACCUCGAGGACCUCCACUUCUUCAGCGACCACAUCUGGAAGCUCGGCGUGUCGCUCACCGCGGGGUCGCUCGUCUUCCUCGGCGACUACGUCGACCGGGGCCUCAGCAGCCUCGAGGUCGUCGCGUACCUCUUCGCGCUCAAGUGCCUCGAGCCGGCCAAGGUCUGGCUCCUGCGGGGCAACCACGAGACGCGCGACGUCAACGGCUGGAAGGAGCACUACGGCGACCGGAGCUUCCUCUGGCAGCUCGGCCCGCUCGUCUGGGAGGGCGUCAACGCGGCCUUCGACCGCCUCCCGCUCGCGGCGCUCGUCGACGACGACAUCUUCUGCAUCCACGGCGGCAUCCCCCGGCGGCCGCCGCCGGGCCCGCGGCCCUUCUGCGCGGACGCGGACGCGAAGACGCGGCUCGAGCUCCUCGACAUGCAGAUGGCGUCCGAGUGCCUCUGGUCCGACCCGGCCCAGGAGGACCAGGAGGACGACCUGGGGGACAGCGGCUACGGCGAGAGCCUCCGCGGCGGCGGCACGGUCUGCUUCGGCAUGCGCGCGAUCGAGGACUUCCUCAAGGAGACGGGCUGCUCCUUCAUCAUGCGCGCGCACGAGGCCCACGCCUACGGCGUGAAUCUGUCGAAAGGCGCCACGGUCUUCACGAUCUUCUCC